AUGGACGAGACACAGUGUAACCUACUGUUGAAGGACGAGACGCAGUGUAACCUACUGUUGAAGGACGAGACGCAGUGUAACCUACUGUACCUGUUUGCUCUCCAGAUAAAGCAUGAUCUGGCGUGUGGACGUCUGACCUGCAACGACACCAGUGCUGCUCUGCUGGUCUCUCAUAUCGUCCAGUCUGAGAUCGGGGACUUUGACGAGGUCCAGAGUUUUCAGCACCUUCGUCACAACAAGUACAUGCCUAACCAGGACGCUCUGAUGGACAAGAUCACAGAGUACCACCACAAGCACGUAGGACAGACGCCAGCGGAGUCAGACUAUCAGCUAUUGGAUAUCGCCCGGCGGUUGGAGAUGUACGGAGUCAGGCUCCACCCUGCUAAGGACCGAGAGGGGACCAAGCUCAGUCUGGCUGUGUCUCAUAUUGGACUGCUGGUGUUUCAGGGACACACUAAGAUCAAUGCUUUUAACUGGUCUAAAGUCCGCAAGCUCAGCUUCAAGAGGAAACGUUUUCUCAUCAAACUCAGACCAGACCUCAAUCAGAGUGCAUACCAGGACACUCUGGAGUUUGUGAUGGCCAGUAGAGAUUGCUGUAAGAUCUUCUGGAAAAUAUGUGUGGAGUACCACGCCUUCUUCAGACUGUUUGAGGAACCCAAGCCCAAAGCCAAAGCUGUUCUCUUCACCAGAGGGUCCUCCUUCAGGUUUAGCGGUCGGACACAGAAGCAGGUUUUCGACUACGUCAAGGACUCCGAGUUCCAAAAGGUCCCUUUUGAAAGGAAACGCAGUAAGAAGGUGUCCGGCAGCAGCCUGACACCCCAGGACAGAAAGACAUCCACAGUGCCACAAGAGAGUGUCUCUGUGGACCAGACAGACUCUCCUCUCAGGUUGACCCUCCAGGCCCCGGUGGACGACCUUACAGUGACCAACGGCCACCAGGCUGGACCAGAGGCCCAGGCUCUACCCUCCACCACGGGACACCCAGAGCAGCAGAUCUCAGGCAGCUCUCCAGUGGUGGUGAAGGGGCAGAAAGCCUUUCCCUUCGGCCCGGGUCAGAGCCCCAACGGGCACCAGCCCUCGCCCUUCGGCCCGGGUCAGAGCCCCAACGGGCACCAGCCCUCGCCCAUCAACGCCCAUUCCUCCCCCCUCUCAUCCCCCCUGUUCACCGACGCUGGCUACGUCCGCACGGAUGACGAAGACGAGGUUCGGAGGAAGAAGUUUCCGACUGACAAGGCCUACUUCAUCGCCAAGGAGCUUCUCACCACAGAGAGAACCUUUCAGAAGGACCUGGCAGUUAUAACCGUGUGGUUCCAGGCUGUGCUGGGUAAAGAGGACAUCCUGGUUCCAGGCUGUGCUGACUCAGUGAGGACCCUGAUCAACACCAACUAUGAUCCAGUCUAUCAGUUACACCAGGCCUUCCUCAAGGAGGUGGAGCAGAGGCUGCUGCAGUGGGAGGGACGGUCCAACGCCCACGUUAAAGGAGACUACCAGCGUGUGGGUGACGUCAUGCUGAAGAACAUUCAGGGGUUAAAGCAGUUGACGUCCCUCCUGCAGCGUCACGGUGAGGUGUUGGUUGAGUUAGAGCGUUCCUGUCGUGCCUCCCCGCGGCUGCAGGAGUUGUGUGGAGAGUUUGAGCAGCAGAAGGUGUGUUACCUGUCCCUGAACAUGUUCCUGCUACGCCCCCUGCAUCGUCUGCUGCACUACAAACUGAUUCUGGAGAGACUCUGCAAACACUACCCCCCCACACACCAAGACUUCAGAGACAGCAGAGCUGCCCUAGCUGAUGUAUCAGAGAUGGUGCUGCAGCUUCAGGGAACCAUGAUGAAGAUGGAGAACAUCCAGAAGCUUCUAGAACUGAAGAAAGAUCUGACAGGCAUCCAGGACCUGGCUAUACCUGGCAGGGAGUUUAUCAGACUGGGCUGUCUCAGUAAGCUCUCAGGGAAAGGACUACAGCAAAGAAUGUUCUUCCUGUUCAGUGAUUCCCUGGUGUACACCAGCAGAGGUAUGACAGCAGACAACCAGUUCAAAGUUCACGGCCAGCUGCCUCUCUACGGCAUGACAAUCAGGGAGAGUGAGGAUGAGUGGGGAGUUCCUCAUUCCUUCACUCUGUUUGGUCAGCGCCAGUCUGUCGUCGUGGCAGCAAGCUGUGUUUCAGAGAUGGUGAAAUGGAUGGAGGACAUCAGGAUGGCUGUAGUCCUGGUAGAACAGAGUAACAGACCUUCUACUGAUCUACUGUCCACCAGUCGAUCAGACCGCAGUAAGUCAUA